AUGAGCAAAGAACAGAACAAUGUCCCCGAUGCAUGGGAAGCAGACUGGGAGAGUCUUGCCGACAAAUCCGACGCCGCCAAUACGCCGCCCAAAAAGGUGUCAUCAAAAGUGACCAAAGCACAACGCCGAGCGGCACAGGCAGAAUUCAACCGGAAACUCUGGGAAGAAGCUGAAACACCUCAAACAUUCCACUACGUCGAAGCCCGCUCCUCCGUCCCACUCAAACAAGACUUCAAACCAGCAGUCACGGUCCUGAGUCGACGACCACAAAUCGCCUCUCGGAAUAGCAACAACAAUGGACUCAGCGAAGGUAUUUCGAAUUUAAGCAUAAAUGGCAGCAGCGCGAAUAUAUCAGACUCCGAUGACGAAAACGCCAACAAACCACCCGAACUCACUCCCGAGGAAAGACAGGCCAAAGCAUUGAAAGACAGAGAAGAGAAGCAGCGCAAAUAUGAAGAGGCGAGGGAAAGAUUAUUUGGGAAUUCCUCGUCCGCGCCGGGAUCUGGUGCUUCAUCACCUGGUGGUACGCCUCCGCCGUCGAGGAAUAGGGAUAGGGAUCUGGGGUACGACGGGAGUGGUGCGCGAGGUGGUGGGCGUGGAAGGAAUAGAGGUCAUGGCGGUAGAGACAACAACAACAACAACAACAACAAUAACAAUACUCGCGAAAAGCGUGAUCCUCAAGGUGGUGCGCCAAAUAAGCAGAGACAGCUGUAUGAUCCGGGUUAUUCGACGAAGCCGAAUACGCAACGGAGAACGCCGCAGCUUUCUACAGAACGACCGGAUGGCGAGCAGCAGCAGCAGCAGACUAUAAGACCCACGAGAAAUCCCAGGAAUCCGGAUGGCAGUGGACGUGGUGGGUUUGGGUUUAGUCCCCGUGGUAGAGGCGCUUUGGUGUCGAGAGAUGCUUCUGCUUAG